AUGGCUGUUCAUGUGUGGGGACUCGUCGCCAUAAUUGUGUUCUACUUGCUUAUCUUCAUCCUUGGGAUCUGGGCGGCGUGGAAAAAUAAAAAGAAGGGGAAGGAUGCGACGAGUGAGGAUGUCUUGCUAGCAGGGAGAAAUAUUGGGGUAUUUAUAGGUAUAUUUACUAUGACAGCCACGUGGGUAGAUGGCACUCUGAUCAGCGGGGUUGCAGAGGGUAUCUACACUUUCGGUUUGUCCUCUCUCAGUAUGCCGCUAGGGUACUGUAUGGCUGCAUUCUUUGUCAAAAAGAUGCGCAAAGGCAAUAAUGUCACUAUGCUGGAUCCCUUCAACCGGAGGUUUGGUAAAAUCAUGACGGGGUUUUUGUUCUUGCCAGCUUUUACAGGGGACAUAUUUUGGUGUGCUGCAACUUUAUCUUCAUUAGGUACAACUCUGACCGUGGUUGUCGGAUUCGACCACUGGAUCGCCAUCACGCUGUCGACAGCAGUGGUCCUGAUAUACACGUUGUUUGGAGGACUCUACUCGGUCUCCUACACUGACGUCAUGCAGAUGUUGUUCAUCUUUGUAGGCCUGUGGCUGGCCAUUCCGUUCGCAAUGUCCAACCCCCUGAUGACGUCACUAUCAGAGACAACAGAGAAGUGGGCUCUGUGGCAGCGAGCAUUGGCGAUGAAGUCAUCGAGGUUGGCUGAGAUGAUGUUGUACGCAGGCGCAGCAGGAUUUGCAGUGUGCACAAUCCCGCCUCUACUCAUAGGGAUGGUGGCAGUGUCUGUUGAUUGGAAUGCCACAGCCUACGACGGAGAACUUCCGUUUCCGACAGAUGACUUAAAACUGAUCGCACCGCUUGUCUUGCAGUAUGUGUGUCCAUUCGUAGUUUCUCUGAUUGGUCUUGGCGCUAUUUCCGCUGCAGUGAUGUCGUCUGCAGACUCCAUUUUGCUUUCCUCGAGCUCCAUGUUUUCCAACAAUAUCUACAAACCCGCAAGAAUGGGAAAGGCCAGCGAACGUGAACUUAUUUGGACCAUGCGAGUAUUUAUGACCCUCAUGGCCAUUCUGACUACGGUCUUGGCCAUCAAGAUCACCAGUAUUUUCAAUCUGGCCAUUUUGUCCUCCGAUCUUGUCUACGUCAUCCUUUUCCCUCAGCUGACUUCGGUCUUGUAUGUAGACGGUGCAAACAUCUACGGAUCAAUUGCUGGGUAUGUAGUGGGAUUGAUCAUCCGGGUACUUAGCGGGGAGCCGUUGCUAGGUCUGCAAGCAGUUUUACGGUGGCCUUGGUAUGAGGAAGAAACUGAUUUCCAACCGUUCCCCUAUAGGACGACUAGUAUGCUCCUCAGCUUGUUAAGUAUCUUACUCGUGUCCUACGUCACAAACGUUGCAUUCCGUGCUGGUUGGUUGCCAAGGCGAUAUGACGUAUUCAAAGGCAUUGUCUGGCAUUCUGGGAGUAAAUCUAAAGAACCCGCGGAUGAACAGAGAUCGUUUGAGAUAGGAAAACAUUUACUUCCGGGCGAUACUAAGGAUAAUAUUGCUUUGGAGAUGCGUCCCAGGCAAAUAGUUGAGAUAAGUGAAGACAGACACGAUGAUGCAUUCAUGUUAUGA